UUUUCCUCUUCCCUCCUUUUCUUUUUCCCUCCUCCUCCUCCUCCUCGCGCUUCCUUUGGCCGCGCAGGAAGGGAGCGGCCGGAGGGAUGGAGCGGAUCCCGGCAGGGAUGCGGUAGCUCCCGGGAUAUCCCGAGCGGGACGCGGUGAAGCUGCCACUGCCAAACCUCUCUGCGAUGGCCUCGGGGAAUGAGGGGGACCCUCCGCAGGAUCAGGGGCGCCGGGGGAGCCAAAGGCGCAGGCUCAGCUCAGAGGGCCGCGUGGCGGAGGAGGCCGAGGAGGUGUUCCGGAGCUUCGCCUUCUACCGCUACCAGCAGGAGCGCGAGGAGCGCGGGGCCGAGCUGCCGCGCGACCCCGAGAUCGAGCAGCUCCAGCAGGACCCGUGCAGGUAAAUCCCGCUCCUGCCCCUCGCCCCACGCCGCCCAGCCCGGCCUGACUCCCUGCCGGCCCCGCAGCACCGAGAGCCAGGUGGGACAGCGCCUGGCCAUCAUCGGCGAUGACAUCUACAAGCGCUACGACGCCGAGUUCCGCACCAUGCUGGAGAGCCUGCAGCCCACCCGCGACAACGCCUACGAGCACUUCACCAGGAUUGCCUCCAGCCUGUUCGAGAGUGGCAUCAACUGGGGCCGGGUGAUCGCCCUGCUGGCCUUUGGCUACCGCAUGGCCAUGCACGUGUGGCAGCGCGGCGUCAGCGGCUUCCUGCGCCGCAUCGCGCGCUACGUCGGGGACUUCAUGCUGCAGAACCGCAUCGCCCGCUGGAUCGCCCAGCAGGGAGGAUGGGAGGCCGUGCAGACCCUGGACAAUGUUUACAUUAAGUAUGUGCUGGUGGCAGCCGUGGUGGUGCUGGGCUACCUGGUGCUGCGACGCUUCUUCAGCCCCUGACGGGGCACGGGGCCGGGGGGCACCGGGGACCCCCUCCUCUGCUCCACACCCCCGGGACGGGGGGACCCCAGGAACCCCCAGGAGAGAGCAUGGCCUGGGGCUGGGAGCCUCCUGCUGCGGGGUCUGGGGUCUCUGCACCCCCGGGACAGGACUGGGGACAAGGGGGGGCUCUGCUUUGUUGGGUUUGAUGCCUCAAAAAGCUGCUGAGGAGGGGACAGCUCUGGGAGGGGACAUGUUGGGAUGGGGUGUCUUUGGGAUGGGGACAUCUCUGAGAUAAGGAAUCUUUGGGAUGGGCCAUCUCUGGGAGGGGACAUCCCUGACCCCCUCCCCGGUUCCUCUGGAGGAGCAGAGGGGUGUGACGGUGCCACAGUGGCAGUGUGUGACAAUGACAAUGUGGCACACAGUGGCUGUGUGUGACAGUGACAAUGUGGCACACAGUGGCUGUGUGUGACAAUGCCUGUGUCCUGUGCCCCUGGGGUGGGAGCAGAGCCCCCUCCCCAUCACUGACAGCUCCAGCCCUGUGGCCGAGGCUGAUCCCAGGGUGAUCCCAGGGUGAUCCCAGGGUGAUCCCAGACUGAUCCCAGCCCUAGCUGCUCCAGGGUGAUCCCAAGGUGAUCCCAGGGUGAUCCCACGGCAAUCCCAGGGAUCCCAGGGCAAUCCCAAAGUGAUCCCAGGGUGAUCCCAGGGCAAUCCCAGGGUGAUCCCAGGGCAAUCCCAGGGCGAUCCCAGGGCAAUCCCAGGGUGAUCCCAGGGCAAUCCCAGGGUGAUCCCAGGGUGAUCCCAGCCCUGGCUGCUCCAGGGUGAUCCCAGACUGAUCCCACCCCUAGCUGCUCCAGGGUGAUCCCAAGGUGAUCCCAGGGUGAUCCCAGCCCUGGCUGCUCCAGGGCAAUCCCAAGGUGAUCCCAGGACAAUCCCAGGGUGAUCCCAGGCUGCUCCAGCUGUUGGAAACCCCAGCAGGGCCAAACCCAGUGGGGCUGCUCCUGAGCCCAGCUCCUGAGCCUUUCCCAGCUCUUGAGCCUUUCCCAGCACUUGAGCCUUUCCCAGCCUUCCCACGGACAUCCCGACCCUUUUCCAUGGAAACCCUCCUGCCUGGAGCCCUGCAGCUCCUGGGGCAGUGCUGGGAAGCACCAGCAGCUCUCCCAUCACUAAAACCUGCAGGGUUCAGGACAGGCAGGGGCUCUGUUCCCCUCCUGCCCAGUUGGGCUCCCUGGCUCUUACUGGGAGGCGCUGGAGCUGCAGCCCAGCCCUGGGGCAACUCCGGGCAGGGGCUUGUCCUGGUCCUGCUGAGUGAUUUUGGGGUGAGGAGGGGAGCAAGCUCCUCUCUCCCAUCCCAAACCUUCCUGAUUUUUGCAAAUUCAAGCUGGGUAUUCCCUGCCCUGCCUAUCUGCAGAUGAAGAUUCUCUCCCUUUUCUCCCCUUGCAGCUGCCCAGCCUGGAUUUUUUAAAACUCCCAUUUCUCCUGUCCCUGCUUCUUUUUUUAACAGAAUAACCAACUUUUCAGCCUGUUUCCAUAUCUGAUCUUGUCAUUUUGCUCCUGGCUGUUCCUGCAGGAUCCCUUUUCCCUGAUGGGAAUGCUCUGGGCUGUACAAGAGAAAAAGCAUUAAAAUAUUUGCUGUAUUAUUCCCACUCCUGCUCGACUGUGCAGGGCAGCACAACUUGGCCACAGCUCAGGUUUGGUGGCCACAGCUCAGGUUUUGUGGCCACAGCUCAGGUUUUGUGGCCCACCCUGAGCCCCCCUGGCUGCUUUGUCCCCUUGCAGGUUCAUUUCUCCACCCAAAAUUCCCGUUCCCAUCGUGCCACCUCUUCUCCCAGCUUGGGAGAAGUUUAAACUCGAGUUUAAACUGGAGUUUAAAGCCCCUUCCUCUGCUCUGAACCAGUUUAACCAGCACGAUUCAGGCUCCCCCUCCUCCCCAGCUCCUUUUUGGGUGCAAACGCCACCAGAUGGAGCCUUUUGGCCACGAUGGGUACGAGCCACCGGUGCUUAUUUCCCUUUUUUUCAGCCCCUUGAUUGACAAAUCAUGGUUGGUUCUCUGCUUGGGUUGUGUCCAGCAGGACUUGAAAAAAAAAAAAAAGAAAAAAAAAUCAGUGCAUCAGCUUUAAUUCACUACUUCAGACACACUCCUGGAACCUCAGCAGAUCAGGGAGAGCUUUUGCUGCUCAUUUAUUUUCAUUUCCCAGCUAAAGGUUCCCCUUGCAGCUGUGAGGCCAUAAAGGAUAUUUUUCCGAUUUAUGGGAAAGGACUGAGCCUUCGUGAGGACAGAGGGGAAAACGCUUCAAUAGGUGCUGUACAAAGGAAAAAUUCCAUUUUUAUCCGUUUUUCUCAGGGGAUUUGCAGAGGGAGGAGCCUCUCAGGAUUUCAGUGCCUCUCCUCCCUCUGCUCUCAGAUUUCCCAACUUUUUGGGUGGAAAAAAGCUUGAAUUGGGGCUGUGGCAGUGCUGAACUGGGGCUGAGCCCCGCUGCCCCUGCCAGCCCAAACCAGGGAAGGGAAAAAGGGACCUGGAGGGAUUUCCUGGUGCUGCCCAGGAGGGGAAUGCAGGGCCCAGAGACAGGGAAAUUCUCCUGGGCUGGUGGGAGGAAUUCACCCAGGAGGAAUUAUCCAGGUGAAUUCACCCAGGAGGAUUAAUCCAGGGGGAUUCAUCCAGGAGGUUUCAUCCAGGAGGAUUUAUCCAGGAGGAAUUAUCCAGGAUUAAUCCAGGAGGAAUUUUCCAGGAGGAAUUAUCCAGGAGGAUUAAUCCAGGAGGAAUUCACCCAGGAGGAUUUAUCCUGGAGGAAUUAUCCAGGAUUAAUCCAGGAGGAUUUAUCCUGGAGGAAUUAUCCAGGAUUCCUCCAGGAGGAUUCAUCCAGGAGGAUUUAUCCAGGAGAAUUCAUCCAGGGGGAUUCAUCCAGGAGGAUUCCUCCAGGAGGAAUUAUCCAGGAGGAUUAAUCCAGGAGGAUUCAUCCAGGAGGAAUUAUCCAGGAUUAAUCCAGGAGGAUUCAUCCAGGAGGAUUUAUCCAGGAUUUAUCCAGGAGGAAUUAUCCAGGAGGAAUUCAUCCCAGAGUUUAGGGUAGUGCAUGGAAAAGGGGUGAGAUCCCAAAGGAGUUUUAUUUCCUCCUCUUGAGUCAAUUUUUCCUCCUCCUGAGCCUCUUUUUACACCUUUUGAGCCUCUUUUUGCUCCGAUUGAGCCAAUUUGAGGGCGGUUUUGGAUCCCACCCUCUCCCUGGGGGAUGGAGGGUCUGUCCCAGGCACUGCCACCUCUGCUCCUUCCCUGCCCUGCGUGUCCCCUCCCCAGCCCUGCUGUCCCCCAGGGCACCAAGGGACACUUUUUGGUGGCUCUGACAAGGACACCAAGCUGGUUUUUCCAUGGGGAGAAGAGGGGAAAUGCUCAGCUUGUCCCUGGGAGGAGGGACCUGCAGGUCACCUUUGCACUGUGUGGGACACGCCGGGCUGGCUUUGACCUGCAAAAAACAAAAAAAACCCCAAAAAACAAACCCAACCCGUUUGUUUUUUACAAAUAAUCUGUUUUUAAAUGAUAUAAUAUAUAAAAAUAUAUAUCUGUGUCGAAAUAAAAAUGGUACAGUGAGUGCAAACUCA